AUGCGUCUUCCCCGCUAUAAAGCAGUGCGGGACACGCAGACGGAGCGCGUGAAAGGCUGUUACCAUGGAAAUGGAGAUGUGCUGCGUACGUCCGGAUUUUUGCAAUUGGAAAGAGUACUCUCACAGUGUUUCGUGAGUCCAGCAACUGCUAGUCACUGCUUCAUCCCAUGUCAUCCGCGCGGCUCCGCGCGCCGCCGCACUCGCCGCACGCCCCGCCGGGAGGGGUUCGCUUCGUCCGCCUCCACCGCGCCUCCACCUCGCCUCCGCCUCCGCCUUCCGCGCAGCGCGGCCGCCGGGCUGGGCCACCGCAGUGCAUCCCCGCUUUCCAAAGGCUGCGGGACGCCGAGCGACGCCGAGCGAGGGAGCGGACCGGCGCAGGAGCACGUGCCACCUGACGCAGCCUCCUUGUGGCCGCGCGCUGGCGAACGCCGAUCCGGGCAGCUCCCCGCAGGCGCGGCGCCUCCGCCCCGUGGCGCGCUACUGAGCCUUCUUGGGAAUGUUCUUUCGGGCUUUGGUCAUUACCUACUCCAGAAUACGGCCACCUCCACCAUCACCACCACCACCACCACCACCUCAUCGCCGCCGCCGCCGCCUCCGGCAUCAUCUGGUGCGUGCAGUCACGGUUCCGCGCCCCCGGCACCGCCUCUGCCGCCGCCGCCGCCGCAGCGCCGCCACCGUAACCGCCGGGGCUCCCUCGCCUCACCGCCUCUGCCGCCGCCGCCGGCGCCGCCCGCGGCCCAGCCCCACAGUCGCUGGGGAGCCUUCGCCGCGAGGGCCGCCCGACAUCAUGCACGCCGCUCGCCACUAGAGUUAGAUCGAGAGGAUGUACCAUUUGAGUGGGUUAUUGAAGAUACUUCCUGUAGAAGUGGAGAAUGUGAUAUUGUAGGGGGCGUUGGCUCUGCGACCUUCUUCAAGGUAAGGAACUAG